AUGGCCGAACUAAAAAAGUCCGACAACAGCACGGUCCCCAGGAGACCUAUGCACCAUCGACGCAACUUUACAGGUUUGACCUCGAAGGAACUCGAUGCUGAGAGAUCCAAAUGGCCCAAGAAGACGGUCGAACUCUGGGAGAGAUUGAGCAAGAAAGAAGCCAACGACCUCGAGUCCAUUGAGAAGAGCAUCGUUCACCAUGUUACCACGACGCUGGCCCGUGCUGCGUAUAACAUGGACAACUUUACUGCCUACCAGGCUGUGGCUCUCAGCACUCGCGACCGUCUUAUCAGUCGCUGGAACGAGACCCAGGGUCAACUAUCCAAGGCCGAUCCCAAGCGUGUCUACUACCUGUCGCUCGAGUUCUUGCUCGGUCGAUCCAUGGACAAUGCUCUGCUCAACAUGGGCCUGAAAGAUGUUUACGGAAAGGGCAUCGAGGAGCUCGGUUUCAAUAUGGAGGAUGUGAUCGAGUCCGAAGUCGAUGCCGCCCUUGGUAACGGUGGUCUCGGUCGUCUUGCGGCCUGUUAUAUGGACUCCCUGGCCACACUCGAUUACCCGGCCUGGGGUUAUGGCCUCCGAUACAACUAUGGUAUCUUCAAGCAAAGAAUCGUUGAUGGUUACCAGACCGAGUACCCAGACUAUUGGUUGAACUUUGAUAAUCCCUGGGAGCUGGCCCGUCUCGAUAUCUCGAUCCAGAUUGGAUUCGGUGGCCAUGUCCAGAUCACACAGGACGAAUAUGGUGUAACCCGCCACAACUGGAUCCCCGCGACCAGCGUUCAGGCCAUCGCCUACGAUGUGCCCAUCCCUGGAUACGCUACCGAGAACUGCAACAACAUCCGUCUCUGGCGCAGUAAGCCUACCAAGGCCUUUGAUCUGACCAGCUUCAACGAGGGCAACUACGAAAAGUCGGUUGAGGAUGCCACCAACGCUGAAAAGAUCACCAGUGUCCUGUACCCUAACGACAACACCAUGGCCGGAAAGGAGCUCCGCUUGAAGCAGCAGUACUUCUGGACUGCCGCGUCUCUCCAUGACAUUGUCCGUCGGUUCAAGAAGUCGAUGCGUGAGUGGUCCGAAUUUCCUGACCAGGUUGCCAUCCAACUUAACGAUACCCACCCCACUUUGGCCAUUGUUGAGCUCCAGCGUCUUUUGGUCGAUGAGGAGAUGUUGAGCUGGGACGAUGCUUGGGACAUCGUGACCAAGAUCUUUGCCUUCACCAACCACACUGUCCUUCCCGAGGCUAUGGAGAAGUGGUCUGUCCCCAUGUUUGAGUAUUUGUUACCCAGACAUUUGCAGAUCAUCUUUGAUAUCAAUCUGUUCUUCUUGCAAAAGGUCGAGAAGAAGUUCCCCAACGACCGUGGCCUGUUGAACCGCAUGUCGAUCAUUGAGGAGGCCCAACCCCAGCAGAUCAGGAUGGCCCACCUGGCUGUUGUUGGCUCGCACAAGGUCAACGGAGUCGCCGCCCUGCACUCGAACCUCAUCAAGACCACCAUCUUCAAAGACUUUGUUGAUUACUAUGGUGAGGAAAAGUUCGUGAACAAGACUAAUGGUAUCACGCCCAGACGUUGGUUGCAUCAGGCCAAUCCUCAGUUGAGUGCUUUCAUCACCGAGACUCUUGGCAGCGAUAAGUGGCUCAAGGAGCUCUCGCUUCUCAAGGGCCUCAACAAGAAGGUCGGUGACGCAGCGUUCCGCAAGAAAUGGAUGGCGAUCAAGCGCGCCAACAAGGUUCGCUUGGCCGAGCUGAUUAAGACUCGCUGUGAUAUCGAGGUCAGCCCCGAUGCUCUCUUCGAUGUCCAGGUUAAGCGUAUCCACGAGUACAAGCGCCAGUUCAUGAACAUCUUGUACGUCAUCCACCGUUACCGCGCCAUCAAGUCGAUGAGCGCUGCUCAAAAGGCUGGUGUUCAACCCCGCGUUGUCAUCUUUGGUGGCAAGGCCGCUCCUGGAUACUACAUUGCCAAGCUGGUCAUCAAGCUGAUCAACAGCGUCGCGGCCGUUGUGAACCAGGAUCCCGCCGUUGGUGAUCUCCUGAAAGUCGUAUUUAUCCCUGACUAUAACGUCUCCGUCGCGGAGGUUAUCGUUCCUGCCAGUGAUAUCUCUCAGCAUAUCUCGACUGCCGGAACGGAGGCGUCGGGUACGUCGAACAUGAAGUUUGUGUUGAACGGCGGUAUCAUCAUUGGAACUCUUGAUGGAGCCAACAUUGAGAUCAUGGAGGAGAUUGGUGAAGACAACAUCUUCAUCUUUGGCUGCAUGGCCCACGAGGUCGAAGAUCUUCGCCAUGCUCAGAGAUACCGAAGCGUGCCUAUGGACCCUGCCCUGCAGGGCGUCAUUUCUGCGAUCGAGAAGGGAACGUUUGAGGAUCCCAAGAUCUUCCAGCCCUUGAUCAGCACGCUCACAGUCGGCAAGGACUUUUACCUGAUCUCUGCGGAUUUUGCAUCGUACAUCGUCGCGAACCAGCAGGUUGAUGCUGCGUACAAGAACCAGCAGGAGUGGGCCAAGAAGAGUAUCCUCUGCACCGCCAACAUGGGCAAAUUCUCGUCGGAUCGUUCGGUCAAGGAGUACGCUGAUGAGAUCUGGCACAUCAAGCAGCAUGCUGUCCAGGACGAAGGAUACCGCAACUAA